AUGCCGACUGUAAUGCAGAGUCCUUCACCUCUUGCAUCCAAGUGGAUGCAGAAUAUAUAUAAAAAUACUGGCUUAAUAAUUCACAUCAUAAGAAAACAUUCCACUCUAGUAGUCAGCAGCUGCUCUGUACAUAAUGUGGGGAGUUUCUCCGACCCAGACAAUAUCCCUGGAUUUGCUCACUUUCUUGAGCACAUGGUAUUUAUGGGAAGUGAAAAGUACCCAGAGGAGAAUGCCCUUGAUGAUUACCUCUCAAAACAUGGUGGCUAUACAAAUGCUUGGACUGAUCAUAAAAGGACAUGCUUCUAUUUUGACGUAGAGCAGGACGCCUUUCGUAAAUCUUUGGACAAGUUUGCUCACUUCUUUGUUGGACCAUUAUUGCUGCAAGAUAGAGUUGAUAGAGAGAUAGAAGCUGUUUCCACAGAAUUUCAAAGAACAGUUUCUAGUGAUAGUUACAGACUUCACCAUAUCUUGAUUGCUACAGCUAAACAAGGAAACCCUAUGUCUAAGUUUCUGCCAGGUAAAAUCACUUCAUUAAAGACUACACCAGCAGAGAAAGGCAUUGAUGUAUACGGGCAGCUUAGAGACCUCUUCAACAGAUAUUAUACAGCACAGUAUAUGACUCUUUCUGUACAUUACAGUCUUGACACUCUUGAAGCCUGGGUCAGAAAGAGUUUUAGUGGUAUAAAUAACAAGAGAAAGCCUAUUGAGUAUAUUUCAGAUCUGCUGGACUAUGAAGGAGAAGGAAGUAUCUAUUCUUAUCUUAAAAAAGGUAAAAAAUUAUCUAUAAUGUGGGCAGUGCAGUUACUGGAAGGAUAUGAUAUGAACCAGAUUUGGACCGCACUAGACAUCUGUAUCACACUAACUGACGAGGGUCUUAAACAUUGGAGUGAGGUUGUUAAAGUUAUAUUUUAAUAUCUGGACCUGAUGCAACGAGAAGGACCGCAGGAGAGCUUCUAUAAUGAACUUAAAGUUAUUACAGAAACAAAGUUUUGGUGGAAAGAGAAGGGAGAUCCAGCUGGAUAUGUAGAAAUGGUUUCUGACAAUAUGCAGUUGUACCCUCCAGAAGAUUAUCUUACAGGACAUCAAUUCUUGUACAAGUUUGAUGAAAAGGUUAUAAAUAAUUGUAUGGAACAACUAAGGGCAGACAACUGUAAUGUAAUGUUGACCUCUACAAUCUUCACAGAGAGUGAUUGCCCUUUUAAAGAACAUUGGUUUGGCACUCAUUAUUCUGUUGAAGACAUUCCUAAAGAACAACUACAAUCUUGGACUGCAACAGAUUUUACAUUGAAAGACCUCCAAGCGGAAGAUUUAAAGCCAGUGCCUAUGAUGGUGUCAUCCUCUAGUCAACAUAAAUUGUUCUUUAAGAAAGACACAAAGUUUAAUGUGCCAAAAGGAUACAUUUAUAUGCAUUUGAAAAUCCCUGUUGUCUGUGAUCUGAAGAGCUCGGCUUUGUGUGAUUUAUUUAUUGCAAUACUGGAUCAGAAUAUUUCUGAGCCGACGUACCCUGCUUUGGUAGCUGGAUACAGGAUUGGGUAUAUGUGUGAUCAGACAGGUAUGGUGGUAGAAGUGAAUGGCUUUAAUCAUAAGAUACAGGAAGUUCUACUGCUGACCAUUGACCUGAUUAAAAAUUUCGUUUGUUCUGAUGACCUGUUUCAUGCAAUGAAAGCUGAAGUAAAGAAAACCUACCAUAAUAUGAUAAUGAAAUCAUCACAUGCUGCAAGAGUUCUACGUUGGAUGGUGACAGUGAAGCACUACUGGUCACAUGCUGACAAAUACCGGAUCAUAGACGAGCUUACCAAACAAGAACUCAUGGAUCUGGAGGCUGUAAGCAUAAAUGAUGAAGUUCUUUCAAAAUUGAAAAGUCAGAAACCUGUGGACCAGAAGGUGCUAGAGAACAAUCUGAUUGCCAUUCCUCAAGAGAAGCUUUAUUGUCAGAUCAAGAGUUUCAACCCAGAAGAAACGAUGUCCUGUGUUCAUAAUUAUUACCAGAGUCAGCCUGGUACUCUGCUGAAGAGCUGUCUCAAUGAUCUGCUCUGUACACGUAUGACAGAGCCAUGUUUUAACACAUUACGUACAAAACAACAAUUGGGUUACAGUGUAAGUUGUACUAACCAUAUGAGAUGUGGUGUCAUUGCUCUGGGGAUAUGCGUGGAAUGCAAAGCUCAGAAAUUCAGUAUGCAAUAUGUCGAUGAACAGAUAGAGAAAUUCCUUCUGAAGAUGAAAGAUAUCCUGCAAUGUAUGACCCAGGAAGAAUUUGAGACCUUGAUAGAAUCUGAGAUUACAUUGAAAAGGACAGAGUAUACUCAGCUAGAAGAGGAAACCUCUAGACAUUGGCUAGAGAUUGUUGAUCAAACUUACGUCUUUGAUCGGCUAGAAAAAGAGAUAGCUGUUUUAAAGAAGCUUUCAUUGAAAGAUUUACAAGACUGGUUUGCCGAUGAAUAUUUGGGAGAUAAACAGAGAAAGAUAAGUUUUCAGGCAUGUAUUUUCUCAUGGCAAACAAAGUCAUGUAUAUUACGUUUCUUAUAG